CACGCUAUACAACCUUACCACACCGAAAAUACGACGGGGCCUUGAAUUAACAUACAAUGUCAGAAUAUAAGUCUGUGAAGGGUGGAAAACUGAAAUUAAAGGGAGCAUCAGAUCAUAAAUCAAGUUCCAAAAAACACAAGAAAAAGAAGCGGAAGAGAGAGCAUGAGGAUGGGCAGGCAAUGGAUGAGAAAGGAAAAGAUGCUGAGAAACAUGGGGGCUGGUGGGCAGUUACUGAAUUUAAAAACAUCAAAGGAAAUGUUGCAAUAGAAAUGGGUCCAAAGACAUUUCUGUUUGCAAUGGACAAUGGUCUCUUUACAUUAGGAGCCCCUCAUAAAACCACUGUAGAGGGCCCAGCCCCACCAGAGCAGAUUACAGCCAUCCCAGUCUCCGAUAGUAAGGUAGCCUUUAAGACGGGCUAUGGAAAGUUCCUGGGUGUAGAUGAUAAGAAGAGAGUUGUUGGCAGGUCAGAUGCUAUGGGACCAAGAGAAAUGUUUGAACCAAUCUUUCAAGAUGGUAAUCUUGCUAUGCUGGCUUACAAUAACUGCUUUGUAUCCUGUAAUGAUGAAGGUGAACUCAUGGCAACCAGUAACAAGGCAGGACCUGAUGAGAUGAUUGUAAUAAGAAGUGAUGCCCCUCUGAUAAAGAAGAAAAAAGAUGACUUGCCUGAGGAACAAAAAGGUGACCUCAGGGAAUGUGAAGUCAGCUAUGUGAAGAAGUUUCAGAGUUUUCAGGAUCAUAAACUAAUCAUCAAUGAAUCGGCAAGGACAGGUCUCUCAUCAGCCAGGGAAAAGGGCAAGUUACACGAAGCACUUCUUGACAGGAGAGAAAAGAUGAAAGCAGACCGCUACUGCAAAUGACCCAUGCUUUGCGAUGUUUGGCCACAGUGUUACAGUGCAUCGAGCAGAUGUAAAGCCUGUAUACCUCGACGACAGUGCUGAAUGUUACCCAGUGGUUUAGCUGAAGUUAAUUUGGUUCAAGGAAUCAUCAGUGAAAUUCAUCCGUGCAAAAGUUUAUUCUCUUGAGACUUCUGAAAUACAACCAACUUUUCUUCAAUGAACUUGGAUGAUUUAAGCAAUUGCCCCAGUCAACAGUCACUGAAGUUGGGUGUUAAUACCUGAGUAGUAUUUCACAAAGAUGGACUAGUUACUAAUUGCAUGUCGUUUAAAACUCUAAAAUUCAUCAUUUUAUUGGUCAGUGGAUGCACACUGCCACAUAUCUGUGAACGAGACAUGCAUUUGAUAACGUGCACGGUUGCACUAACAUGACUUUAUGUCACAUUUAACACUUAGUGAAACACCCCUGGUAUCUCAAACAUGUGAGAAGAAAGCAUCGCUUCAUAGAAUAUCUAGUCAUUUUUUUUUUUAUUAUGAUUGCAAGAUAUAUAUUUUUUUGCUUUGCUUUAAUGACUAGAUAGUCUAUCAAGUAAUGCUCUGUCUCAAUGUCAGCAUUUGAUUUGGAAGUAUAAAUGGAGCCUGCCUACCCUGUCAAAGAGAUGGCAAUCUAAUUCAUUAAAGUGUUAUGAAUAUAUGGCCAUGUAUAUUCACUCUUCUGAAUAGUUAAUUUAUUUAUUUUGUAUCCAAGGUUUACUGCUUUAAUUUUGUCGGCUUUCUGCAUGAAGGGACUUGGGGGUAAUGUUUACAAUUAUUUCUUUAUUAUGCACUUUUUAAUUUGCUAAUAUUUUUGGUUUUACUUGUAAUAUCAGAAUAAUUUGGAUGUAGCCUAUGAUGAACUCUUUCAAUAUUUGAAAUUGAUGAAUUAUAAUGAAAAUUACCCCUAAAUUUUUCUUGCUUGAUGCCGUCGCUAUAUGUCUGUUGCUUUUUGCCACUUUUACUAUUAGAAAGAAAAUGUUGAAAGUAUAAAAAAUGGGGACUGUUAGUAUCUUUGACUACUUAUUUGUUUCUAUUACUCAUGCAAAUUUGUCGUACUUGUAAGAAUUAAAGUCUAAUUAGCUAGAUAAACUCUUGCAGAGAAUACCUGUUAAAGCAUACCAAUUCUCAGGGGAGUAGUUUGUUAGGUUUUGAAAAUAGAUUAUAAUAAUAUGAAUUAUUUACUGGAUUGGAAAUCCUAACCUAUGAAUACUUUAAAACACUGAGUAUUUUGUGAAUGAAAGAAUGAUUGUUGUUAACUGAUCCAUAUGAAGAUUUUGAUUUUUUUUUUAUUGUAAAAGAUAAAUGAAAAAUACACUUCAGCAGUUAUUUCUGGAAAAAGAAAUCACAUUUGAUAAGGAAACUUUAGAGAAAAUUGAUAUUAAUUAUUAGAUUUUUCCCAAAAAUUUUUUAUGUAGUCAAUCCUUAAAUGUAGAAAGAAUGAUAUAGACUGUUCUCACUAAUCAUGAAAGUUGAGUUUUCUUUUUAUUGAUACACCCUGAAGUAGUUUGUCAACAGAGAUCAGGAAAAAAAUGUAAGCAUUUUUAUCUUUCAGUUUUUUAAUUGUUAAUGGAUAUAGUCAUAAAUCUGAACAAAUGAUUGAUAUAGUUAUGAAUUUGCUGAAUUCAUUUAUUUAUCUAUAUUUUUUUUUUUGGGGGGGUGGGAUGGGAUGGUUGAGAAAUUUGAAUUCAUGUAUGACGGUGAUCCUUGCUUGUAAAUAUGUUAAUGUAUUUCUUUUUUAAAACAAAAUAUAUGUAUAUGUAAAGAAAAAGAAUAAUCCAUGUACGGACA